AUGAUGUUGUCAUGGAAACAGUUGAUCCUGCUAUCGUUCAUUGGCUGCCUGGCAGGUGAGCUUCUUUUACAAGGCCCCGUGUUUAUCAAAGAGCCCAGCAACAGCGUUUUCCCUGUUGGUUCAGAGGAUAAAAAAAUAACUUUAAAUUGUGAAGCAAGAGGCAACCCUUCACCUCAUUACAGAUGGCAGCUGAAUGGUAGCGAUAUUGAUACAAGUCUGGACCACCGUUACAAACUGAAUGGAGGAAAUCUCGUAGUUAUUAACCCUAACAGAAACUGGGAUACAGGAAGUUACCAGUGUUUUGCCACAAAUUCUCUUGGAACAAUAGUGAGCAGAGAAGCCAAACUUCAAUUUACCUAUCUUGAAAAUUUUAAGACCAGAAUGAGAAGCACAGUAUCCGUCCGUGAAGGUCAGGGGGUAGUCCUUCUCUGCGGACCCCCACCGCACUCUGGUGAACUAUCAUAUGCUUGGGUCUUCAAUGAGUAUCCAUCAUUUGUCGAAGAAGACAGUCGGAGAUUUGUCUCUCAAGAGACAGGGCACCUCUACAUAGCUAAGGUGGAGUCAUCUGAUGUGGGAAACUACACAUGUGUGGUGACUAGCACUGUGACAAAUGCCAGAGUAUUGGGCUCUCCAACCCCUUUGGUGCUACGCUCUGAUGGUGUCAUGGGUGAAUAUGAACCUAAAAUAGAAGUCCAGUUUCCAGAAACUCUUCCAGCAGCUAAAGGCUCAACUGUGAAGUUGGAAUGCUUUGCCCUUGGGAACCCUGUUCCUCAGAUUAAUUGGAGAAGAAGUGAUGGGAUGCCAUUUCCCAACAAAAUUAAAGUGAGGAAGUUCAAUGGUGUGCUUGAAAUUCCGAACUUCCAGCAAGAAGAUACUGGCUCCUAUGAGUGCAUCGCUGAAAACUCACGAGGGAAAAAUGUAGCAAGAGGACGGCUCACUUACUAUGCAAAACCUCAUUGGGUUCAACUUAUAAGAGAUGUGGAAAUAGCUAUGGAGGACAGUCUUUAUUGGGAAUGCAGGGCAAGUGGGAAGCCCAAACCUUCCUACCGAUGGCUGAAAAAUGGAGAUGCCCUAGUACUGGAGGAGAGAAUACAGAUAGAAAAUGGUGCACUUACGAUAUCAAACCUCAAUGUGACAGACUCUGGAAUGUUCCAGUGUAUAGCAGAAAACAAGCAUGGGCUCAUCUAUUCCAGUGCUGAGCUCAAAGUUGUAGCUUCUGCUCCAGAUUUUUCAAGGAAUCCUAUGAAAACAUUGGUUCAGGUGCAAGUGGGCAGUUUGGUGAUCCUGGAUUGUAAACCCAGAGCCUCUCCAAGGGCACUUUCUUUCUGGAAGAAAGGAGACACGAUUGUGCGGGAACAGUCAAGGAUUUCCUUCUUAAAUGAUGGAGGACUCAAAAUUCUGAAUGUGACUAAGGCUGAUGCUGGAACCUACACCUGCACAGCAGAAAACCAGUUUGGGAAAGCAAAUGGCACCACACACUUGGUUGUGACAGAACCAACGAAAAUAAUUUUGGCUCCUUCUAACAUGGAUGUUGCUGUUGGUGAGAGCGUCAUUUUACCCUGUCAGGUGCAACACGACCCCCUGUUAGACAUUAUGUUUGCCUGGUAUUUCAACGGAGCCCUUACGGACUUCAAGAAAGAUGGAUCCCACUUUGAGAAAGUUGGUGGGAGUUCGUCUGGCGAUUUAAUGAUCAGAAACAUUCAACUGAAACACAGUGGGAAGUAUGUGUGUAUGGUGCAGACAGGGGUGGACAGCGUUUCAUCGGCAGCUGAGCUCAUAGUAAGAGGUUCACCUGGACCACCAGAAAAUGUAAAGGUAGAUGAAAUUACAGAUACAACAGCCCAGCUCUCUUGGACCGAAGGUACAGACAGCCACAGCCCAGUUCUAUCCUAUGCAGUCCAGGCUAGGACACCUUUCUCUGUGGGCUGGCAAACUGUCACAACAGUACCUGAGGUCAUUGAUGGCAAGACGCAUACAGCUACCGUCGUGGAGUUAAACCCAUGGGUGGAAUAUGAGUUUCGGGUAGUAGCGAGUAACAAAAUCGGAGGUGGAGAACCCAGUUUACCCUCAGAAAAAGUAAGGACUGAAGAGGCAGUUCCAGAAGUGGCACCUUCUGAGGUCAGCGGAGGAGGUGGAAGCCGAUCUGAACUAGUAAUAACCUGGGAUCCAGUCCCUGAAGAACUACAGAAUGGUGGAGGUUUUGGGUACGUGGUUGCUUUCCGCCCACUUGGGGUUACCACCUGGAUCCAGACAGUUGUGACAUCCCCAGAUAACCCAAGAUAUGUCUUUAGGAACGAAAGCAUUGUGCCUUUUUCACCCUAUGAAGUUAAAGUGGGUGUUUACAAUAACAAAGGUGAAGGGCCCUUUAGCCCAGUGACAACAGUGUUCUCUGCAGAGGAAGAGCCUACAGUAGCCCCGUCCCACAUCUCUGCCCAUAGCCUGUCUUCCUCAGAAAUUAAAGUUUCAUGGAAUACAAUUCCCUGGAAGUUGAGCAAUGGACAUUUACUUGGCUAUGAGGUGCGGUACUGGAACAAUGGAGGAGAAGAAGAAUCAUCUAGCAAAAUGAAAGUGGCAGGAAAUCAGACAUCGGCUGUGCUCCGGGGCCUGAAGAGCAACAUGGCUUAUUACACAGCCGUCCGGGCUUACAACAGCGCAGGCACUGGUCCCUUUAGUGACACAGUUAAUGCAACCACCAAGAAAACCCCUCCAAGUCAGCCUCCAGGAAAUGUCGUUUGGAAUGCUACAGACACUAAAGUGGUACUGAAUUGGGAGCAAGUGAAAGCGAUGGAGAAUGAAUCACAGGUAACAGGCUACAAGGUUUUCUAUAGGACUAGCAGUCAAAAUGAUGUGCAAGUACUGAACACAAAUAAAACUUCAGCUGAACUUUUGCUGCCUGUCAAAGAGGACUAUAUUAUUGAAGUUAAGGCUACCACAGAUGGAGGGGAUGGCACCAGUAGUGAGCAGAUUAGGAUUCCAAGAAUCACCAGUAUGGAUGCAAGAGGAUCAACAUCAGCCAUUUCUAACAUACACCCUGUGUCAGGUUAUAUACCUGUCCUACUGUUCUUUAUUGUAAAUGCUUUGUGGUGA